GUCGCUAAGUGCUCGACUCCCGAGCCUCCGGAUCGAGGUGCGCGCUCUCCAAAUUCCAGUGUUGUUUUGGAGUCUGUGCUGGUGAGAACUGUGUCUUCGGCUUUGCACCGUUGGACCUUAUAGCCUUUGGAGGAUCGCCAAAAAGAGCCCUGUGUGUGGAAUUGGGUGUCGCCGCUGAAAGGAUCUGUUGAGCUACGUGGGAAACGCAGAAGCCAAGGGAUCGUCGUUUCGUUUAACCACACCUGGGUUCAUCUGCGCGGGUCUCUCAAGUGUUUCGGAUUGCAUGAGAUUACCACAGCGCCGCAGAAGAUUGGAGAAGGAUGCUGCAGCUCGCCUUACAGAAAGUUAUAUUUUCAAGAAGAAACUGAGUGAGAUCUUCGCGACAACAUGAUGGAUUACGACACAGGCACAACGGAGGACAUGUACGACAACUUCACUCCCGAUUCAGUGAACUACACCAAUCUGAUUCCUCCUGCCGAAGUGAUCCCGAUGCUUCUGAACCUCACAAACCGGGGCCCGCCUAUCAAGUUCGCUCCACUCCUCGGGUAUGCCAUGCCAGCUCUGGUGGUAACCAUCAUCGCCAACACGUUCGUCGUUGUCGUUCUGGCGCAGAGGCACAUGCGCACUCCCACCAACAUAGUGCUUCUCGGAAUGGCCAUCUGCGACAUGAUGACGCUUCUUGUGCCGCCCUGGUACUUCUACAUUUACACACUCGGAAAUUACGCCCGCGUUCUCAGCCCUGCUUCCACCUGCUAUGCUUACAACAGCAUGAACGAAGUCAUUCCAAACUCCUUCCACACUGCUUCCGUUUGGUUGACCCUGGUCCUAGCGAGUCAACGGUACGUGUACGUCUGUAACCCGACAACAGCCGUGACCUGGUGCACAGUGCCUCGCGUGCUUCGGAGAGUGUGUUGGGUAAUGUUCAUAGCGUUCGCGCAUCAACUUCCCCGCUUCUUCGACACGACAUUCAUCAACGUGCGCUUCUGGUGGCAAAAUGAGGUCCCUGGGGGCUGCCUCAUGCUCGUGUCCGAUUGGGUGACGCACAUAUUCACCGCGAAAGUGUAUUUCAUUUUCUACUACGCUUUCAAGGUGAUCUUCGUGAUAUCGGGCCGUGCACCGUGCUCGUGUGCUGAAUAUACUGCUGUUAGAGCGCUUAAGAGAGCACAGGAGAAACGAGCGAGGCUCUUGAAAGAAAACCGCAAGAGCGAGUGCAAGAAACUUCGCGACAGCAACUGCACCACCAUGAUGCUCAUCGUCGUUGUCACUGUGUUCUUGGCCGUCGAAAUUCCGUUGGCUGUGACCAUUGUGCUGCAUGUGCUCAUCAACGCAACGGGUGUACAGUUUGUCUCCUAUUCCGUCCUCAAUGUUACCUUGCUCUUCACGAAUUUUUUCCUCAUGCUGAGUUAUCCUGUCAACUUUGCCAUCUACUGCGUGAGUAAACAAUUCCGUAAGAUCAAAGAUUUGUUCGUGGCUGGAGCCUUUACUACCAGAACCCAGAAUUCGACGCGGUAUUCGCUCGUGAACGGACCGAGAACCGUGACGAACGAGACAAUCCUUUGAAAGUAUUCCACAUAGCGCCUCGCCGCCUACGUCUGUACGUCAUUUGACGGGUGCAUCGCUUCCCUGUACUCCUAGUGUCCAAACGUCCGCGCUGUUGUACUGAUUCAGUGGCCUUAAGCACCCUGGUGUAACAACGUCGCGGUAACUCAUACUGAGCAGACUCCUCCGUAGGCACCGUUAUGUUAUUUUACAGGUAUUGACCACAUCUGUGUGUGUAGUAGUUCAGGUGUGUUACGCACUGAUGAGGGAAGCAUGUUGGCUUAUCGGUACAGUUGAAGACUCGAAAAGAAAGAAAGGAAAUACCCGGAGGACGUAUGAUGUGAGAAGCAGGCGUGACCAUGACUGAGGGGGUGACGUUACGUGCGAUUUGUGAUCAUCGUGAAGUCUACGGAGAAUGUAUAAAGUUGUCGUCUGAUGGUUGGUGUGCCUAAAGAGGACACAAAAACUGUUGUAAAAACCAUUUGUUGUAUUUCAUUGCUUGAAGCUAAGUAAGUGAGUGUAUUACCUCAGCGGCUUUCUGUUUUAGUAAGCAUGUUGAUUACACAGCCGAUAUUGCCCUUGUGCAAGUGAACAUCUCGUGAGGAUGAACACAGAGGCAGAAUGCGUAUCCCUAUUUCUAAAACGCGCAGCAAGUGUAAAACUCAUCUCUCGAAGUGCGGACGGGCGCAUAACCUUCUGGAUAGAAUUAUAGAUGAUUUAUUUGCGGAUUACCCAUCACUGUUGUAUUAUUUGAGAUAUACAACUACUAAACUGAUAAAUCAGUGAUUUUGAAGGCCGCCGCACUUACGACAUUGCCUCAACGGUGGCCAGUUAUGGCUGCCUUCGUCAAGGCGACGAAGCAAGCUUAGCAGAGCUAGCUAUAUCAUGGAGUUCUGCCGAGUUCGGGGCCCCUUCGUUACCUUAAUGAGCAUCCACGAUUGGCUAAGCCACCAGACUUAAAAACAUCAAGCAUGCUUUUGUUAUUAUAUUGCAAGAAAUUACAUUUGUGAUGUCUUAUGUAAACAGAGCACUAUCAUAUAUUCUAUUUAUCGAGAACAUGAUACCAAAAUAAAUCAUUACAAUGGUU